AUGGGUCUCGCCUUUUCCAAGAUCUUCGACAAGUUGUGGGGGAAGAAGGAGAUGAGAAUUCUGAUGGUCGGUCUCGAUGCUGCCGGUAAAACCACCAUUCUGUACAAGCUCAAGCUUGGUGAAAUCGUCACCACCAUUCCUACCAUUGGUUUCAACGUCGAGACUGUCGAGUACAAGAACAUCCAGUUCACCGUGUGGGAUGUCGGUGGUCAGGACAAGAUCCGUCCUCUGUGGAGACAUUACUUCCAGAACACCCAGGGCAUCAUCUUCGUCGUCGACAGCAACGAUCGUGAUCGUGUCGUCGAGGCCCGUGAGGAACUCCAGCGCAUGCUCAACGAAGAUGAGCUGCGAGAGGCUAUCCUUUUGGUCUUUGCCAACAAGCAGGAUCUUCCUAACGCCAUGAACGCUGCCGAGAUUACCGACAAGCUCGGCCUCCACAGCUUGCGGCAACGCGCCUGGUACAUCCAGUCCACUUGCGCCACCUCUGGUGAUGGUCUGUACGAGGGUCUCGAGUGGCUCGCUACCACCCUCCGCAAGGCCGGCCACCAGUAA